UAAUCAUCACAGGUAACUAGUAAUUUAUUCGUUAUUUUGCAUUCUUUGAUAAUCAAUUUUGAGAUAAUAUGUUCAUUUUGAUAGCGUUUUUUAUUUUAAAUCACCCACCCAGCUAACAACUGAGUCCUGGAACGUUUGUCCACCUUGCUAACGUUAGCUAGCUACUAGCUAAGUUUCAGUGAUGGUACUGGGAAUUUGACUCAAAUAAUUAGCUAAUAAUUAUUUUUCGGUGGUAUUAGAUGCCUUUGUGAUCGAGCUGGCCAUUCUGACCCUGCCAGCUAGUGAAAAGUAUUUUUUUUACUGCCCUCGCCAUUGGCACCUGCAAUCAUUAUGGAUGUGGUUGAGUUCCUGGUGUCCCUGCUGGAUGUGCAUAAACAACAGCUGAAAGCGCUGACCAGACAGGGGGAGAUCCAGGCCAAGGUCCUCAGCCAGCUUGUCAAGGAUGGUUUGACCAGAACCCUUGACCGGCCUUCACCCCAGGAUGUAGAGGAACAGAGAAGGCAUCGGUUGACACCAGGGAGAGAUAAAGACCCAGAGGACUGGGGUGCUAGGCUUGAUGGUCUGCUGCAAGAGGAGACACAGAAGAAGAAUCAACUGAUCAGACCCCAGGGGUUGUCUAAUGCAUUCCAGACCAGGGUACUGGGACAGAUGUGGACUGUGGAGGACCAGAGCAGGCAGGACUUCUUGUCUCUGCGGUACGAACCACAGAAGGGAGCCAGAGAGCUGGGGCAGAGGCUUGACUCAGCUGCUAAGCACUGGCUUAGGCCUGACCUAAGAACUGCUGCACAGGUAGAGCAGUGUGUUGCCAUGGAGCAGUUUCUGUCCCUCUUACCAAAGGAGGCUGGUGCCUGGGUGCAGAAGCAGCAACCCAGGGAUAUGGAGGAAGCGAUCAGCAUGGCUGAGCAGCGACUUGGGUCUGGUGCCUUCACCGUCUCCUCGCCUUCCCCUGACCGUACACAGACAAACACAGCACAGGGCUCAACAGAGACACAAGAACAAGGGAGUGUCAAGAUGCAGAGCACCAGUGAUCACCCAGAUGCUUUGACCAAGUCAUUUCUCAACCAGCUGGAGACUGUUAAGUCUGCCCAUUUCAGUCUAGAGAUUCCAGACAUGGGAGUAGCCAGCUACCAGGAGGAAAAGGAUGAGCAUAAGGUGGUCCCAGAGGAAGGGUCCAUCUUUGUGUGUAAGCAGGAAGUGGAGGACCCUGACUGGCAUCAGGAGAGUGCUCCUCCAGAGCCUAUCCAAAUGUAUGGGAGCACAACAGGACAUGAGAGCAUGUCAGUGGACACACCUUACAUCUCCCCUCCCAGACACAACUCUCUCUCCUCCACCAUGUACACUCAUCCAACACACAGAGUGUCCAGUCAGAUCCCCUCCCCACAGUCGCCUCCAUCCCUUGCUCCUGAUGUCUAUCAUCCACAAGUUCAGGACAGCCCAGUGACAGACAGACUGCAGAGUAACAAUCAUUCUAGUGACGAGACGGAGCUUACUGCCAGGUACACAGGGCUUAUCUCUGAAGAUGGACAGCUGACCUGGGGGACCCUCCCGAGGGUUCCCUCACCCUCCUUCCAUACACGCCCGCCCUCCCCCUCACCCUCCCACCAGUGCCCAGACUGUGGCUGCUGCUUCACCCAGCAAAGGAGCCUGGAGGAGCACAGGAACAUUCACACGGGGGCGAGGCCCUUCGUCUGUGGGGUGUGUGGCAAGGCCUUCUGCCACCGCCGCACUCUGAACAAACACACACGUAUCCACUCCUGGGAGAGACCAUUUCAAUGUACUGACUGUGGACAGACCUUUAAACUCAAAGACACCAUGAAGAGGCACCAGGUGUCCCACAGCAGGCCAGGGACAGGGCCAGGGGCACGUCAGCUCUCUCACUCACCCUGAUACUCUAUCUAGCAGCUAGCUGCUCACGCAGCACUUCAUCUGGCUGAGAGGUCUCGUAGUAAUCAGCACACAACAAGGACUUGAAGUAGGACUGGUCAGAUAGCUUUCUCUGUAAAUGUCCUAAAUAGGCAGAUUUGUUUGAGAUCGCUAACAGUGUUUUCUGUUGGCGUGUUCCAUAAACAGAGGACACUGCUUUGGAUUUUGGUUGGUGGAACAUCUCUCCCAUGUUUCCAUGUAAACAAGCUCAAAUUACUUGUGCUUCAUUGCUCCCUUUUUGUUUUUGUAGAAUGCCCUGCCAUGGUCCAAGUUAGAGGUGUUUCAUGCAUUUGGAUAUUGUGAUAGUUACUCUUGAAUAAUUAUUUGUUAUGCAGAAUCAUUUUUUUGUAUUUAAUUUAAUUCUUCAGAAGAGCAGAGAUCAGAACAUUGUGUAACAAUGUACUGUACUGUUUUAUGUAUUUGUUGUUUUAUGCAUAGGAGAUAUAUAUAUAUAUACACACACACACACAGUUGAAGUCAGAAGUUUACAUACACUUAGGUUGGAGUCGUUAACUCGU